AGUCUAAUUCCACAUCUUCUUGAGUUCAUAACGCGCACCCCCUUUUAUCUCACGGGAAAGUCACUUUCCUUUAUACUGUAAAAUCCUCGUUAUCCACCUAAAAGUGCUCUGCCGCAAAUAUUUUCUACUUUUCUCUCACCGUGCAAUUCCAUUCAAUCAGUCACAUCUUGAUUAGCAAAAUUACGUUUAGGGACAAUUAACUUAUAUUGUGAAAUUUUCGUGAUAGUUUUUCUUUCUCAGUGAAAUUGUGAAUCAACCACGAUAUAUUCAUCAUAAUCUAAAGAAAGAAAUCUUCAUCCAAAAGCAGGCAUGGUGCAUGAGAUAGAACCACUCAUCGUUCCCGAUGAGCUCUACAAUCUCACCCAAUUAGCGGAAGUGAGUCUGGCAGCAGGAAAACUCAGUACGACAAGUCUUCAGGCCAAUUUCUACGUGAAUGACAAUCGAAAGGAGACAACAUCAUACAAAUUCCCCAUAUAUCGUCACAACUCCACGGAAUCUUUCUCGCAAACCGACUCGGAUGAUUCCUAUGGCAUUAACCAAUGGAGGAGCAGAUCAAUAGACUCAAGUGCAAUUCCUUUCACACAACAUUCCACUGAAGCAAGAGCACAAUCUGAUCCAUCAGCCUCCCAUCCCGACAGUCACUCACAAUACAAGUAUUCUCAUAAGAUCUUCGACAAGAGAAAAUUGAGAAAAUUGUCAGAUCACGUGGGGACGGAUAUUGAGACAAAUUCGCAAAGUUCCGAUGGCAGCACAGAUGGAAAUCUUAUAGGCACAAUCAAAUCCGAAUGUCAAGAACCUGAAGCAGAGGAUAUUCACGUUUGUCCCGAAUGUGGCAAGAAGUACUCAACGUCGUCCAAUUUGGCUCGACAUCGCCAAACUCACAGGUCCUUGGAGGACAAGAAAGCAAGAAGAUGUCCGCAUUGCGACAAGGUUUAUGUCUCCAUGCCGGCUUUCUCAAUGCACGUGCGAACCCACAAUCAAGGAUGCGAAUGUCCACAUUGUGGAAAGUGUUUUUCACGCCCUUGGCUUCUACAAGGACACAUUCGCACUCACACAGGAGAGAAGCCCUUUAAGUGCACUGUAUGCACGAAGGCCUUUGCAGACAAGUCCAAUCUUCGUGCUCACAUCCAAACGCACUCCAAUACAAAGCCCCACUCAUGUAGUCGUUGUGGAAAAUCUUUCGCUCUCAAGUCAUAUUUGUACAAGCACGAGGAAUCUUCCUGCAUGCGAAAUCAUCAGAAGAGCGAUAAAAGCAAAGUUCGACAAAAUGGAGAAAACAACUCAUCGAGCAUCAUUAUUUUCAAGUUGGAAAAAAAGCAGCAAAACAAGGAAAAGAGGGCCAAAAUCUUUGCCAAUGUCACCAAAACUAACGCCACACUUUCCCGUGAAAAGAGCAAAGAUUCCUGCUCGCGAAUAAGUGUAAUACAAUCACUGAGUAAAACUUCGGACGAUGCUCAUUACCAAGAGCAGCCUGUUGAUUUUUCUGCACGCAAAAAUUAAUUCUUUAAAUCACAUAAACAUUCGACGAGGACCAAUUCAAACAGGCCACAAAUUUCGCCCCUUUUGCAGCAAAUACAUAGUUUGUGUGAUAUUGUCUUUUCGAAAAAAAACAGCUAUCUUUUAAGAAUUUUUCACGCCUAGAUUUCUCAAACACACUGUAGUAUUUUCUUUUAUGCAAAAUAUUUCAUGCCAAAAUUCAAUAGAAGUGAAUCUUGCAGUGUAUGUAAAUUAGAUGCAUUCCUCACGUCAUUUGCAUUAAUAAUAUGAUUUAAAGAGUAUUUCAAAUCAAAUAUAUUGAAUAAUUUUAUAUCGCAAUUUGUAUGAAUGAAUUCAAAAAGAUAGCGAAAUUGCAAUGAAGUAUAUUGAAAAUUCGAUAGAUGUGGAUAUAUCGUGAAAUUGUUUGACUACAAUUACAUUAUAAAAUAAUAUUUUAAACAGCUUACAUCAUUUUUUAUAAUUAACUUAGGGAUCAAUUUAUCGAUUAGAGGUAAUAUUGAAGGGACGAGAUUGUCUAGUCUAGCAAUAAGACAUAUCUUUUUAGAUCCGCAAUUCAGCAUAUGCAGAAAAAUGAUAUGUACAUACAAGUAAAUAUACUUAAUAAAGGCCGAGAGUUGCAAUUUCUAAGCAUAAACAUUACAUAUAACGUCGAAUUUUAAAAAUAGGCUAGAGCUUCAAAAGUAGAGAAUGUUUACGAAUAAAAAAAAACAUUUUUUUGUGAUUUACAAAAAAAGAUAUAUCAAUACGCAGCAUCUUUCAAAUAGCGCACAUAUGUAAUAUUACGGAGAAAUUAGUAUAAGUUAAAAUAUUAAAUUCAAUACAUCUUAAAAUUUGCUACUUUUUUCUAAGCAUCUACAUAAGUAUUUUUUAUUAUUCACUUAAUCGUCACAAUCUAUCAAUAUCCAUAUUUAGAUCUAAUAUGUAUUCUUUUAGAGAACAUUUAAAAUACUUUGUAUCAUUUUUUUGUAAUUGAAAUCUCUCGGGAUUGUAUUAUUUAUUACAAUAAAAUUCAUAUUU